AUGCUUCUUAAAUACCCACCUGAAGUCGAUGCUAGUCAACUACAAAAAAUUUUAAAAUCUCAAUGGAAGGCCUACCUAACGGAAAAACCAACUUUGGAACUCUGCAAAAGCCUUAUUAUGCUGAGGGAUUACAAUAUAAGCGGCAGAAUAACCCUUAUCGAUAUACCUGCGUUGAUGCACAUGCUACAGUUUUGGAGGAUGGCGUUCCUAAAAUGCAGCCACAACAACGGCAAAACAUCAAGCUACAACCUAAGAGCCUUACUUUGGGAAGCAGGGUGUACAGUUAGCAAUAAGGUUUUAGAAUGCUUAGUGUUAAGAUUCGCCAAAAAUCGAAUCUUAACCAUAGAAAAUUACAUUAUGGCCUUGGUGAGGUUGCAUUUGUCCCAUGAAAGGUACCAUAAUUUGGACACCAAAAUGAAGAGCAACCCGUUGUCAUUGGAAGAAGUAAGUUUUGGAUUUCUUAACCUUGUUUAUUUGGCUACUUGA